UCAGAGGUCUGGGGCGGCAGCGCUGUGGCCGGAGCCUGCGCAGUGAGGCCGGCUCACACUUGGGUGCAGCUCGGCUUGAGAAGGAAGCAGAGUUUCCGGCUGUUUGCAGCGGAGGGAGAGGAUUGCUGACACCGCGAAACCCCGAGGAAAAAAAAAACGCCAUCGGCUCUGGUGGGCUAACUUUCAGGCGACGGGUAGUUGCUCGUUUCUUUCAUACGGGGGGGAUCAGGGAGCUGGUGGGUUUCUGCGGUCCAGGGGGGAGUCGAGCAGCACAGCGGCACACGGCGGGGGUUAGCUACCAGCUACCGGCAUGGCCAGGGACUACGAUUACCUCUUCAAGCUGCUCAUCAUCGGUGACAGCGGAGUGGGGAAGAGCAGUCUCCUCUUACGAUUCGCAGACAACACAUUUUCAGGUAGUUAUAUCACCACGAUAGGCGUAGACUUUAAGAUCCGGACGGUGGAGAUCAACGGGGAGAAGGUGAAGCUACAGAUCUGGGAUACAGCGGGACAGGAACGCUUUCGCACCAUCACCUCCACAUACUACAGGGGAACGCACGGGGUCAUAGUGGUUUACGACGUCACGAGUGCGGAGUCCUUUGUCAACGUUAAACGAUGGUUACAUGAAAUCAACCAGAACUGUGACGACGUGUGCCGAAUAUUAGUGGGAAACAAGAAUGAUGACCCCAACUCUAAGGUGGUAGAGACGACUGACGCACAGAAGUUUGCAGAGCAGAUGGGAAUCAGACUGUUUGAGACGAGUGCAAAGGAGAAUAGCAAUGUUGAAGAGAUGUUCAACUGCAUCACAGAGCUCGUGUUGAAAGCCAAGAAGGAGGUGCUAGCCAAGCAGCAGCAGCAGCAACAGAACGACGUGGUCAAACUCACCCGGAACAGUAAACGAAAGAAAAAGUGCUGCUAGCAAACUCGUCCCCACCCAAAAAAAAAGGCCCGGAGGCAUCUUCACACACACAUAUACACCACCCGCUGGGACUCAGAGCAUUUAAAUUAAAGAGCAGAUAAAGAUUUAAUAAGUAUACCUUGAAAGAAUAAAAAGAAAUAAAUAAGAUAAAUGGAAAAUUGUCCCCUUUGGACAAAACUAAUCAUGAAGACUUUAAACAGAUGUACAGAUUUUUAUUAGAUGUCAGAUCAAGUUUUAUUUGAAAUUCAGCAAACAGACACCGUUAACCCGAGGUCGUCCUCAUGGAAGGAUGUGUGAGCGGACAGCUGAUGCCAUGACGCUCAGAUCUGCAUCACCACCACCCCGUUGUUCUUCCAUCAGUGUCUCAUCUCUCCCUCCUCGUCACUGCACACAGGACGCUCAGUCUGCUGCACCUGAGGACCACUCAGCCUUCCUGGAUUGAGUCGCUUCAAGUGGUUUUUAUUUGAAUUUUUCUGUGUUGUUGAAGUUGGGUGAAUGAUGGAAGGUCUCAGCACCUCUGCAGUUUAAACAUUUCCAUCAUGAACUUCUAGUUUUUAUUUAGUUUGACUUGUUGGAGGAAGAAAUCACACAAACCAUGAUUAGUAGACAACCUUUUAGCACCAAAUCUGAUGGACAGAACUUGUGACUUUUCGUAUAAAGUAUUUUUGUUUCUAUAUUUUGCCAAGCUUCACACCCUCUCCUGUCUAACACCCAGUAGUGCUGAGCCAGUAAUAGUUUGUUUUAAUGGUGGCAGAGCAGUUGAACCACUCCUGUAGCUCUGACUCUCUUCACCUCAGUCUUACUAUACUUUGCUUUGAAA